AUGUCUGAGCAAGCUAUAGAUAGUGAAAUGAAGGAGGUUCCGCCAAUUGAAUUGGAUUCACCCGAAAAAAGUAAUGAAGAAAAGCCGGGUGUUUCCACAGAAACGUUGUUGGAAAAGGAAACCGCAAAGGAUACCCAACCAGUUGAAAAGGAGACACUAAAUGAGAAUUUAGAUGAAAAAAUCGAUUUAAACACUGAAGCAGAGGGUUUGAAGGAUAAAGAAAAGGAAACAACUGAUAGCAAAGCCACAGUGGAAAAACCAGUGGAAGAGGAACAGUUACAGCCAAAAGAUGUCGAGUUGCCGGAAGCAGUAGAUUUAGAAAAUCCGAGUUCCGAGGCAAUUAAAAGCAUUUCAAACGAUAUUGUGGUCCAAGAUAAGGGUUUGGAAACCCCAACAUUAGGAGGAGAGGAAAAGGGUGAGUCUAAAGAGCUUGAGACCGUUCUUAGUGCUGAUACGGCAAAACCCGAAGAAACAUCUGCUACCACAAAUGAAGGAGUUGAAAAUGUUACAACACCGGCGGAAGAAAUUACAACUGAUGUUUCAGAGAAGACCAGCAUUCCGCCAGCUUCACAAUCUAUAGAUGAUGUUAUGGAAAAAAGUACAGCACAAUCAGUUACUAUAAACGAUGAUGCUGCCUUGGAAAUGGAUACUAUCCAGCAAGCAGACGUUAGCUCCCUUGCAACCGACAAUGAAAAGCACAAAGAUUUGCAAGACAAAUCACUUGAUACUCAAAGCGUGGACACAUUAGCAACUGCCCCAAACAAAGAUGACCCCAUGGAGGAGGAUGUAACCAUGGAUCCUAGUGAAAAUAUGGAUACAUGUGAAUCUCAAGAAUCUACAAAUUUAGUUAUAGAUGAAACCUCAGAAUUGACAGAAAAUACCGAAGACAAAGAAGAAAUGGAUGAAGGAGGAAAUGAUGAAAGUUUAACAAAGAAAAUUUUAACCAUUGAUGGUACAAUUGAAGAAUCAGCAAAGGAUGACGAUAAUGAAAAGGAAAAAUCUCCAAACAAAACAUCCGAAAGUCAUGAUGAUGAUGUUAUAACGAUUGAACAGCCACCUAUGCCGGUCAUAGAAAUAGAUGAUGAAGACGAAGACGAGACGGAAUCAAAAGCACAAAAUACAAAUGAAGUUAAACCUAUGGAAACUGAUGAUGACGACACGGUUAAGGUAAUCAAUGAAACCAACAAGGAGGCAUCUGAAACGAAGGAAGACGUAGAUAAUCUUUUGUCAGUUGUUACUGAAAAAUCUCUGGAAGAAAUCCAAAAAGAAGAGGAAGCGGAAAAGAAAGCCUCUGAAGAAGAUGUCAAUGAAGACACCACAGAUGAAGUCUUCUACAACAAGGAAUGUAUCAACUAUGAAUGUCCCCACAAGCAUAAACAGUAUUUUAGGGUACCACAAUUUGCCUUUAGUUUCUUCAAGGUUAACAAAAAGAAAUUUAAGUUGCAAUACAUCUGUGCCGAUUGCUAUGAUAAGGCAUUGGAUAUGUAUGAGGAAUACUGUGGUUUGAUCAGUGCCAAACAACCAUUGCUACUACAAAACAUACCAAGUGGUCGUCAAGAAUUUGUGGAAAUUAUCGACAGCAGUGAUGAGGAAGAUGCCUCCGCAUCCAAUAAAGAUUUAGAACCAAGUCAGUCGACAUUUUCACAAAAUGAUUUAUUCCUGAUAGAGGCGGAAUUACACAAUACCAUUAAAUCUGUUUUGGAACGUGUUGAAAUACAAAAUCAAUUGACCUGGUCUAAGACCAUUCUAUCGGAGCGUUUAAAACGUUUAGAAAUGGAAACGGAGUAUGUCGAUAAUGAACUGAAAUCGUUGCAACGUAAGGCGGAUAAAAUGCAUGAUGGCUUAUAUUCAUGUCCUAAAAUUAAAAUACGUCAACUACAGCCAUUAGAUUUAAAUAGUGGUCGUGUUAUGGGCUUAGAUGCAAUACAGCCUGAGGUACAGCCCAUACCUCCGGUGGGUGAAAUAGAAAGACCACCCAUACAACUAAAUGGCACCUAUUAUGCUGUGAAAAAUAAUGCCAUUGCCAGUUGGGUUCCAUGUAAGGUGGUGGAGUAUGUUGAAGGUGGAAACUUGGCAGCGAAGAAUGUAAAAUAUUAUAGAAUUAAAUUUCUUAAAGCUCAAAAUACAACUUUGAAAACUGUACCAUCAAAAUAUUUGGCAUACUAUGAUCCUCCAACUGUUCGCUUGCCAAUUGGUACCCGAGUAAUUGCCUAUUUCGAUGCCACUUCUUUGGCAAGAGGUCGAGAAAAAAUCAAUGUUCAAAGUGCUUUCUAUCCUGGUAUUAUAGCGGAACCAUUGAAACCUAAUAAUAAGUAUAGAUAUUUAAUAUUUUAUGAUGAUGGUUAUACACAAUAUGUCUACCACAAGGAUGUGCGUCUGGUAUGCAGUGUCUCCGAGAAUGUCUGGGAAGAUGUUCACCCAGCAUCCAGAGAUUUUAUACAAAAAUAUUUGACACAAUAUUCCAUAAAUCGUCCAAUGGUUCAGACGCAAAAAGGCCAAUCUAUGAAUACUGAAUCCAAUGGUUAUUGGCUACAUGCCCGUGUUGUUGAUAUCGAUUGUAGUUUGGUGCUUAUGCAAUUUGAGGGAAGUAAAAGUCAUACUGAAUGGAUUUAUCGUGGUUCAUUGCGAUUGGGUCCCGUCUUUAAGGAAUAUCAAAAAAGUCUACAGAAAAAUUCAGCCUUACCCGUUUCAAGAUUGUCUAGGCGAACAGAGCCGUUUAUUCGUUAUACCGAAGAUGAAGAAUCUUCGGCACAACAACAACAGCAGCAGCAACAACAACAGCAACAAACUGAGAAAACGGGUGAACCCAAUAGAGCUGUGGCACGUAAAACAUUUGGACGUCCCGAAUCCAUGAUGAAUACAACUCCAGCAUCAGCUAUUCAACAACCGCCAGCACCACCAGUUAAACAUUUGAAUAAUUCCACAAUUUAUCUUGAAGAUGAAAAUAAACCCAAAGGAAAGGUUGUUUAUUAUACCGCCAAAAGGAAUCUACCACCACGCAAAUAUAAACCUCACAAAUGUUCUCCUGCGUGUCUCAUACAAAUUACUCACAAUUUGAGUGCCUAUAGUCCAUUAUCAAAACCCUUACUCUCAGGCUGGGAACGUUUUAUUCUAAGGCAAAAAAUUAAAAAAGUGGUAACAUAUCGUGGUCCCUGUGGCAAAAUCAUGCGUAACAUGAAAGAGCUACGUCAUUAUUUACGCACAACAAACAACCCAUUGAAUGUGGAUAAUUUCGACUUUAGUCCUGAUAUCAAUUGUUUGGCCGAAUAUGUUAUUGACAGUGCCAUUGUUCAGAAACGUGACAUAUCGAAUGGCCAAGAAAAAAUGGCUAUACCCUUGGUUAAUUAUUAUGAUAACACUCUGCCGCCGGAAUGUAAAUAUUCGGCCAAGGUUAUACCGACAGAGGGUGUUAACAUUAAUACGGAUCCAGAAUUCUUUGUCGGUUGCGAUUGUGAAGAUGAUUGCUCAGAUAAAUCGAAAUGUUCUUGCUGGCAACUGACAUUGGCUGGUGCCAAAUAUGGUAACCCAAAUACCCCACCCGAUGAGGUGGGUUACCAAUACAAGCGAUUGUUGGAGCAUGUCCCUACUGGUAUUUAUGAAUGUAACGUACGCUGUAAAUGUCGUCAGAAUUGUUUGAAUCGUGUCGUACAACAUUCGUUGCAAAUUAAAUUGCAAGUAUUCAAAACAUCGAAUAGAGGAUGGGGUCUUCGUUGUAUUAACGAUGUACCACGCGGUAGUUUUGUUUGCAUUUAUGCUGGACAUUUGUUGACUGAAGCCAAGGCAAAUGAGGGAGGACAAGAUGCUGGUGAUGAGUAUUUUGCUGAAUUGGAUUAUAUUGAAGUGGCUGAACAAAUUAAGGAAGGCUAUGAAUCAGAGGUAGAACCUCCAGAGCCUGAAGAAGAGGAACCCUAUCAACCCGAUUUAGACGAAGAAUUUACACCAAGUAAAUCCUUUUUAACACGAGCAAAAAAACAAAAUAAAUCAUCAACGUCUAAUAAUGAAGAUUCUCAAGAAAGACAAGUUAUUAACUUCAAUCCCAAUGCUGAUAUGAAUGAAGAUUCUGUACGGGAAAAUUCCAUACGCAAACUCUAUGGCAAAGAUGAGGCUUGCUAUGUUAUGGAUGCCAAAAUAUCUGGCAAUUUGGGACGUUAUUUUAAUCACUCGUGUUCGCCCAAUAUGUUUGUACAGAACGUCUUUGUCGACACGCAUGAUUUACGUUUCCCAUGGGUGGCAUUUUUCGCCUCCUGUAAUAUACGUGCUGGCACUGAAUUAACAUGGAAUUAUAAUUAUGAAGUUGGUGUUGUUCCCGGUAAAGUUUUAUACUGUCAAUGUGGCGCUCCUAAUUGCCGUUUACGUCUACUCUAAAGAAUUAAU